AUGCAGGUACUAGAGAGCGAAAGACCCGACUCAUACGAUAUUUCCGUCUACACAGCAGCCACAAUUCCUGCUACUGGCCUAGACGCAUGCUUUAAGCUGAUCGAGUUGACAUCAUCAGCCGCAUACAAGGACUCUGGCAUGGGCUGGUCCGCCUCGGAAAAGAAGAAAGAGAUGAAGCUCCCUGAUAUGAAGUACAUGGUUUUGCGACGCCAUGCAACAUCCGAUAUUCCCAGUGGAUAUGAAAAUUAUGAGGGAGACAACCAAAGCUCAGAUACUGGGGAAUUUAUAGGCUUCAUUGAGUUCAUGGUUACAUAUGAAGAUGGGUAUGAAGUGCUAUACUGCUAUGAGAUUCACCUUAUGCCGGAAGUGCAGAGCCUGGGGUUAGGAGAGGAGUUAAUGGAGAGAUUUGAACGGAUAGGACGGGCUAUUGGUCUCGAGAAGGCGAUGCUGACUGUUUUCAAAUCAAAUAGCCGUGCGCUCAAAUUCUACAUGAGGGUGGGAUAUACAGAGGAUGAGAGCUCUCCGCGCCCGCGAAAGCUAAGAAAUGGAACUGUGAAGGAGGCAGACUAUAUGAUUAUGUCCAAAAACUUGCGCUAA